CUUGCCGCCAGCAUCAUGACAAUUGCCAUCUCCCUUUCCUGCCUCCUGGCCCUGUCUGUGGCCAGCCUGGCCCCAGGCAUCCAGGGCUCCCUUAGGAGCCAGGACCCAGGACCCCAGCCGCUGGAGCUGAAACAGGUCUUCACUUUGUUCCAGAUCCAGUACAACCGGAGUUACUCAAACCUAGAAGAGUACGCUCGUCGCCUGGACAUCUUUGCACACAACCUGGCCUGGGCCCAGAAGCUGGAGGAGGAAGACUUAGGCACGGCCGAGUUUGGGGUGACUCCAUUCAGUGACCUCACAGAGGAGGAGUUUGGCCAGCUCUAUGGGCAUCGGAGGAUGGACGGAGUUGCUCCCGAUGUGGGCAGAGAGGUGGGGUCUGAAGAGUGGGGGGAGCCCGUGCCCCCAACCUGUGACUGGCGGAAGCUAAAUGGAGUCAUUUCCUCUGUCAAGAAGCAGGAAAGCUGCAACUGUUGCUGGGCCAUGGCAGCGGUGGGCAACAUCGAGGCCCAGUGGGCCAUCAAACACCACCAGUCUGUAGAACUCUCUGUGCAGGAGCUGCUCGACUGUGGCCGUUGUGGGGACGGCUGCAGGGGUGGCUUCGUCUGGGACGCGUUCAUAACUGUCCUCAACAACAGUGGGCUGGCCAGCGAGAGGGACUACCCGUUCCAGGGAAAAGCCAAACCCCACCGGUGCCUGGCCAAGAAGCAUAAGAAGGCGGCUUGGAUCCAGGAUUUCACCAUGCUGCAGGACAACGAGCAGAAAAUCGCCUGGUACCUAGCCACUGAAGGCCCCAUCACCGUGACCAUCAAUAUGAAGUUCCUGAGGCAAUAUAAGAAGGGUGUGCUCCAGCCCCCACCCACCGCCUGCGACCCGAUGCAUGUGGACCACUCUGUCCUGCUUGUGGGCUUUGGGAAGGCCGAGUCAGCGGUGGACAGGCGGGCAGGGGCGGCUGCAUCCCAGCCCCGGCCUAAGCGCUCAAUCCCGUUCUGGAUCCUGAAGAACUCCUGGGGCGCCGAAUGGGGUGAGAAGGGCUACUUCCGCCUGUACCGAGGGAAUAAUACCUGUGGCAUCACCAAGUACCCACUCACUGCCCGAGUGGACCGACCGGUGAAGAAGCGCCCGGUGUCCUGCCCUCCCUGAGCCUGCGCCACCGACCGCCCCGAAGCUCUGUCCUGCCACGCCAGCUGUCCCCUUGCUGGCCCCACCCAAGGCUUUUGCCCGCCCUCCUCAUCUUGCCACUACUUGAAUAAACCAAGACAAGCA